GCGAAAACGUUCUAAUAAUUUAAUAUAAUAAAUAUUAUUUAUAACAUUUAUAAUAAGUUAUUGUAAAUUAUAUAGAAAAAAUUAAAAAAAAAUAAAAUUAUAAUAAUAAUUAAAUAAUUUUUAAUAAAACGAAAAUAAAUAGAAAGGAAAAAAAAACGAAAACGCUUUAAUCGAUUUUAAUAAAAAAAAAAAUCAAAAUAGAUUUUCAAUCGAUAUGAAAUGAUCGAUUGCAUUUCACCGACGCUAUACAAUUGCCGCGCUGCCGAAACGUUCAAAUAACAAAACACAAAACAAAAACAAAAUAAAUGUAAAAUAAUUAUUUAAGGCGCGAUAAAAUUUGCAAAUUCUAAUUAUUUAUUAUGGAUAUAAAGACAAAAAAUUGUGAAGAAAAUAAUGAAAGUUUAACAUAUGAUAUAAAACCAGAAAAAUUAGAAAAUUUAAUUAAAAUAAUUGAUAAAACUAAUGAUUUUAAUUUAAAAUGUUUUGAAAAUAUUUUAUGUUCACCUGGUAGCAGUUCCGGUGAUAAUUAUAUGUCUGUGAUUAAAAGAGUUCAUAUUUUUGGAAAAGAUUUUAAUAAUCAAGAACAAUGUUUUACAGUAAUAGUUAAAAGACAAAUUCCUAGUAAAUCACGCCGUGAACUUUAUCGAUGUGACGAAGCAUUUAAUAAUGAAAUAAAUGCAUAUAAAUAUGUUAUUCCUAUGUUAGAAAAUUAUUGUAACAGACAAUUUUUACCAAAAUGUUUUUUUGCUGGAAAUGAUGAAAAUGGUGAGAUAAUAGUAUUGGAAGACUUAAAACAAUUAGGAUUUAAAAUGAAAAAUCGUCUUAUAGCAUUAGAUUUCGAUCAUUGUGUAUUGGUUAUGAAGGAACUAGCUCGUAUGCAUGCAGCAUCAAUAUCAGCCAAAGAAUUAAACCAAAAAGAUUUUCAUCAAAAUCGUCAACAAAUAAAAGAAAUUGUUUAUUGUAAAGAAGCUGAAGAAUUUUAUCGUAACGUUUUAGAUUCAUCAAUAACCAAUGCUCUUUUAAGUUUACAUUUAUCAAAUACAAAUAAUUUUUUAACAGAACCAAUAAAAUCAAUUGAAUUACUUAGAACAACACUUUUUGAAAGAAUUCAAAAUUUAAUAAUAACAUCAAAAUGUGAUGCAUAUAAUGUUAUUUGUCAUGGUGAUUUAUGGGUUAAUAAUAUAAUGUUUAAAUGGAAUUAUGAUGAAAAAUCACCGAUUGAUGCAAAAUUUUUUGAUUUACAAACAAUGCGUUAUACAUCUUUAGUUUUUGAUAUUUUACAUUUUAUAUAUACAAGCACAAAAAGAGAUUUAAGGGAAGUUAAUUUAAAAAAUAUAUUACAAUCAUAUUCUUCAGCUUUAAUAUUAAAUUUAGAAAAUAAUUUUUUACCAAAUAAUUAUGAAAAAUUAAAAAAUAUAAAAGAUAUUUAUUCAUUAGAAAAUAUAAUGAAACAAUUUUAUACAAAUAUUUUAUAUGGUUUAGUUGCAGCAAUAUGGAUAUUACCAGCUGUUACAUUUGAUCCAACAAAUAUACCAAAUUUAAAUGAUAUAUGUGAUGAUAAAAAUGUUAAAGAAUUAAAUUUACUUCCAAAUUUAACUCAAGAAUAUCAUGAUAGAAUCAAAGAUAUAACAUUGGAAUUUUAUGAGAAUGGAUUUUUACAAAUUUAAUAUCAGAAGAGCUUGUAUACUUACAUGUAUGGACAUAUGAAUAUUUUACAAGCAUAAAUAUUUAUAUAUAAUAAUUAAGUUAUAAUUUCAUAUUAAUUACUUUAACAUAUACAUUUCAUUAUUUAAGAAUAACGUAUUAAAAAAAUAUAGAAUAAAACAAAAAAACAAAUAAAUUUGUUAAAUUUAUCUCCUCAACUGAUAUUGUGAUACUGAAAAAUUAAAUUAAAAAUUAAUUUAUUUUUUUAUAAAUAAUAUUUUAAAAUAAGCAAUGCACUACAGUCACUGUACAAUCAAUUACAAUAGGAUAAAAAUAUUCAUUAAAAAUGUUCAUAUAAUUCACUACAAAAAAAAAUUAUUUUUCUAAUACAACACCUUAUAUUAAAACUAAUUUGAAGAAUAAUCUGAACUAAAGCUUCAUAAAUUUUAAACUUAUAUUAUAAAAAUUAUGAUUAAAAAUGUUAUUAAUCCCUAAUAUACACUUUCUAUUUUAAUUUUAAAUUGGUUAUAAAAAUUCGGAUUAUAUUAAAUUUUAUAGCCUUGUCCUUCAUUAAUUCAUAUAUUGAUUUAAUAUAAUAUUCAAGAUAAUUUUCUUUUAUUGAUUUAGAAAUUUCGGUGCUAAAGUAUAAAAUGAAAAUUUUUUUAUUUUAAAACAAUUUUAGACCUUAAAUGUUUGAACAUCUUUAAACCUUUCACACUACGAAAUCAAAAUUUAUACAUAAUGCAUACGUACAUAGUAAGGAAAUUAAAUAAUUAUUUUGUUUAAAUUUUAUUAUAUAUAUGUAGUAUUUUUAUAUUUUAUGUUAAAUCUAAAGACAAUUCAAAAGAUAUUUAAAAUUAACAUUUUAUAUUUAAUAAUUAUAAGAUUAUUAUUAUAUUGAAUUUAACUACUCAAAUUGUAUUAUUUUAAUAUUUUAGCUGUAAGGUACUCGUGUAAUUAUAAGUAAUCUUUAAAAUUAAUUAAAAAAAAAAUGUUUAUAAUAAGCACUUUCAUACAUACACAUUGUACCAAAAAUCUCUUAAAAAUGUUUUGUUAUAUUUACUAAACCAAAUAAAAGAAAAAUAAAUCAUAUUUAAUUUUAAGCACAAUCAUGAAAAAAUUGUUACAAUAAUUAAUUAUUAAGGAAUUAUUAUAAACAUAUUAUGCAUAAAUACUUUUUUAUUUUUGAAUUUUUUUUUUUGUUGCCGAAUUAUCAAUAAUGGCGGUACAUUAUUAAAAAAUAUUGUAUUAUAUUUAUGUUUAAUAUGUAAUUUAUAAAUAAGUUAUUUUUAAUAAAAAAAAUUUGUAAUUUAUUUAAAAAUAUAUUAAUUGAUAUCUAAUUUAUUGCUUAUAAUGUUAAAAAAAAUAUUUGUUUUAUCAUUUAAUUGCAUAUUUUUUGCACCCAGUAAUAAAAAUUUUUUGAAAAAUAAAAUGUAAUACUAAAAAUUAAUUACAUAUAUAUGUACAUAUAUAGUCAUUUAUAUUGAAUUUUAAAUAAUAUUUUAAUUCGAAAAUUCUACUUGUUUAAUAAAGAAACUAUUAUUGAUUAUCAA